CAGUCCGCGCAGCAGCCGAGCGCUGAGGGGAGAAGCGGAGAGGACCGGCGCCUCCCAAGACGGACGCAGAGCCCAGCCACCAUGAGUGAAAUUCCUAAGGACUCAUUGAAGGCCAUUCUGUUGGAGUUAGAAUGUCACUUCACAUGGAACUUACUUAAGGAAGACAUUGAUCUGUUUGAUGUAGAAGAUACAAUUGGGCAACAGCUUGAAUUUCUUACCACAAAAUCCAGACUCACUCUUUAUAACCUGUUGGCCUAUGUGAAACACCUGAAGGGCCAAAAUAAAGAUGCUCUAGAGUGCUUGAAACAAGCAGAAGAAAUAAUACAGCGAGAACACUCGGACAAAGAAGAAGUACAAAGUCUGGUCACUUGGGGAAACUACGCCUGGGUUUAUUAUCACAUGGACCAGCUUAAAGAAGCUCAGAAGUAUAUAGACAAGGUAGGGAACGUCUGCAAGAAAUUGUCCAGUCCUUCUGACUACAAGUUGGAGCGUCCAGAGAUUGACUGUGAGAAAGGGUGGGCACUCUUGAAAUUUGGAGGAAAGUAUUACCAAAAGGCUAAAGCAGCUUUUGAGAAGGCUCUGGAAGCAGAACCCGACAAUCCAGAAUUUAACAUCGGCUAUGCCAUCACAGUGUAUCGGCUGGAUGAUUCUGACAGAGAAGGGUCUAUAAAGAGCUUUUCUCUGGGCCCCCUGCGGAAAGCUGUUACCCUGAACCCAGAUAAUUCCUAUAUUAAGGUUUUUCUGGCGCUGAAGCUUCAAGAUGUACAUGCAGAAGCCGAAGGGGAAAAGUAUAUUGAAGAAAUCCUGGACCAGAUAUCAUCCCAACCUUACGUUCUUCGUUAUGCAGCCAAAUUCUAUAGGAGAAAAAAUUCCUGGGACAAAGCUCUUGAACUUUUGAAAAAGGCCUUAGAGGCAACACCAACCUCUUCUUUCCUGCAUCACCAAAUGGGACUUUGCUAUAGGGCACAAAUGAUCCAAAUCAAGAAGGCCACUCGCAACAGACCUAAAGGAAAGGAUAAACUGAAAGUUGAUGAGCUGAUUACAUCAGCUAUAUUUCAUUUCAAAGAAGCUGUGGAGCGAGAUUCUAUGUUUGCAUUUGCCUACACGGACCUGGCCAACAUGUAUGCUGAGGGAGGCCAGUAUGGCAACGCUGAAGACAUUUUUCAGAAAGCUCUUCGUCUGGAGAACAUAACUGAUGACCACAAACAUCAGAUCCACUACCACUAUGGCCGCUUUCAGGAAUUUCACUGUAAAUCAGAAAAUACUGCCAUCCACCAUUAUUUAGAAGCCUUAAAGGUCAAAGACAGGUCAUCUCUGCGUACUAAACUGACAAGUGCUCUAAAGAAAUUGGCUUCCAAGAGACUUGGUCACAAUGAUUCAGAUGUGCAGAGUUUAAGUGCCCUAGGGUUUGUUUACAAGCUGGAGGGAGAAAAGAGGCAAGCUGCUGAGUACUAUGAAAGGGCCCAAAAGAUAGAUCCAGAAAAUGCAGAAUUUCUUACUGCUCUCUGUGAGCUUCGACUUUCCAUUUAAAUACAUACUCCAGGAAAUUAGUUCUAAGCUUUUUUCCUCCAUUUUGGUUUCUUAUAUUUUUCUUUAUUGUUUUAAUCCAUUGUUCAUUAUAGAGCUAAGUUUUAUUGAAUUGUUAUUUUGUAUCUGGCAUCAUGCUAAAUACUUUAUAUAUUUAGUUAUGAUGAAUCUUUUUUUUUAAUUAAAAUACAGUAAUCCAUUGAGAAACAGCAAAAUUCCAGCUGUUGUAACUUUAUAAAGUAUGGUCAUUAUGACUUUAUAUCCUUUAUCUCUGCUAUUUAUAAUAAUUUUCUGAUUAGAUUUUGUGAAGUUUUCCAUAUCACUUCCUUAUGCUGCGAGUAUAAUCCUACACAUGCCUUUGACACCUACGUCAGGAACAGUCUUUUAAGGAGUGCAAAAUUAUAUUAGUUAAGCACUUAACUAUGUAGCUUGCAAAAGACGGAAACCUCUAGUUACAGAUGUUCCAACUUUGAGGAUAUUUAACCAUCAACAUGAUAGUUACCUAAAGAAUCCUCUUUGUUGGAAGAAAAAAGUUUAUAAUAGAAGUUUGUCAUCCCUGAUGACUUCAGUAAAAGGAGAAAAUACUAGAACAUGAGAAAAAAGAUUUCCCCAUAUACAGAACUUCAGGGACCCAUGAGAAAUCCAAAGUAUUACCUCCCAAAAUAUUCAUUAAGUAGCUAGAAAUAGUGAUGAGGAAAAAAAUGGAUAAUGGAAAAUCAUUAGUUUCAAAUUUUUCUAGUUCUUUUAACUAGAAGAAUAAACCUAAAGUUAAUCUAGAUGGAAUUAAUUUUAUUCCUUCCAAUUAAAAUUGCAGUAUUUUUAGGUUAAAAUCAUUGAGAUAAAAAGCGGACCAAUUGAGAAGUUGGGAGAAAUGAUAAACAAAUGGGUAAAGUAGAUGCCCCUAACCUACAUCCCCAGAUUACCAAGAUUUCAGUGAUUUAGUUUUGGGUCUGGACUGGUUGGAAUUCUCAUCCACACAAUUUCUGGCCUUUGGUUAACUGUUUUAGUAUUCCAAAGUUACUUCUAUGAAGCUUUUCCUUUUGUCUGAAGUUUUCAGAUUGACAUGUUUUCCUGUAGAUCCUCUAGGAAUAGUUAAGCCCUGUUUUCAGUUUUAAUAUCCACUUUGAAGGGUCACUGCUUAAGGGCUUUUACCCCAGAGGACUUUUUAAAUCGGGAUGUUGCUAAAAGUGGCUUCUUUAAUGUUGUUUCCUUGAUUAUAGACUACACAAUUAUAUUUACCACCACAGUGUUAGUGGAAAAAUAUGCCAUAUGAUUUAAUUCUCCAUACCUUCAAUGUAGCUCUUAAAACUACUGUAAUAUAUACUGUAUAUAUUCUCCAUACCUCCUAAAACUACUGUGUUUUUUACUUUUUGUUACUAUUUUUAUUUUUUAAAUUUCUAUUAUAGUUUUGAUUAUUAUAGUAGUGAACUCUCAUUGUAAAAUUUCAAACAAUACUAAAGUAUAUGAAUUUAAAAGAGCACUUCCUUCGCCCUACACCAGUUCCACAUGCCCAAGGUAAACUGUUAAUAAUUUGAUAGGUAUCCCUCCAGAUAUUUUUUUCUCAGCAUAUUCAAACAUACAUAAAUACUGCAGUGUAUCUCAUGAAUUAAAUUUUUUUUAAGGUUCAUUUUACUUAUCUCCCUGCUGGUUUUAUUUAUUUCGCUGAUUUCACUUGUUUAUUCAAGAAUUAAGAACAGGCAAGGGAAUGAUCUUUAAGUAUUUCAGUAAUUCAGGACUGAAGUCCUAACCUAUCAGUAGAAGCAUUUGUCCUGUUUUGCAGCAAAUAGCUUAUUUUGCAGCAAGUCAUUUUCUCCCAUUGGGAAUAAUGUUACGAUUAAGGUUAUGUUCCCAAGUAGAGACUUCAUAUGCAAUAAAAUUACAGUUGUGAUAUCAAAACAAAGAUACAACUAUACAAGCCUCUCUAUUUAAACAUUAGACUUUAAGGUCUAUUAAGUGAUUUUAAAAUCCACUAGAUAUUAAAAUAUUGAAAUAUAUAAGAAGCAUAACACUAAGAAAGUAUAAAAUCAGCAUAUGAAUAAUACAACUAUAUAAGUUGAACUAAAAUUAAUAUUUAUAAUAACUUUAAAUUUUGUCAGUAUUGUGCUUGCCUUCCUAAACUUUAUUUAGAGAUACUUUCAUAGACUCUUCAGUUUAAAAAAGACCUCAAAAUUCACCUUUAUUAAUUAACCAUCAAAAUUUGAAGGUUGAAUUAUCUUCCUAAACGAUAAUUUUUGUCUUCAGAUAGUCCUUAUUCUUAGAAAUUUGGGACUUCCCUAGUGGUGCAGUGGUUAAGAAUCCACCUGCCAAUGCAGGGGACACGGGUUAGAUCCCUGGUCCAGAAAGAUCCCACAUGCCGCGGAGCAACUAAGCCUGUGCGCCACGACUACUGAGCCUGUACUCCAGAGCCCGUGAGCCACAACUAUGGAAGCCCGCACGCCUAGAGCCUGAGCUCUGCAACAAGAGAAGCCACCGCAAUGAGAAACCUGCGUACCACAGCGAAGAGUAGCCCCCGCUCACCACAACCAGAAAAAGCCCGCGCGCAGCGACGAAGACCCAAUGCAGCCAAAAAUAAAUUUAUUAAAAAAAUAAAAUUUGUUUCUGCCAUUUAA